UUUUAGGACCUUAAUGAGACUUUGUUGCGAUUCGUUUUGAGGCUUUGGCAUCGAUUUGUUUUCAGGUGUAAAUCCGCAGGCUUGGGCCACUGGAAAUGAAGCAGCAGGUGUGCCCAGGACAGCAGCAGUGACAGCGCCAGCUAACCACAUACUUCGGGCCAGGAGUACGCGGUACUUAGAGUCGAAAUUGCCAGGCAUCGGAUCGAUAAAUGGGCGCCGAGCAUUCGCAGCAGCGGGCUGAGGCCGAUGGCCACGAGAUCUUCGACGGACGCCAGCUACCAGGAGCGGGCACUGGAUCCCUCGGCGAUGGAAGCUCCAUGAUGCUAGCGGCCACGGCGGCGGCCAACAAACGACGCGGAGUUGGUCAUCGCCAGCAGACGACAGGAGGAGUAGGCGGAACAGUGGAGGGCCCGGGAACUGGAGUGGGCCCAGCUAGCAUUGUGAUAGCUAGCAAGCAGAUCAUCGCCGAGGCCGCUUCGCCCGGCGGCUCCGAACUGAGCAGACCGCCUUCGCCGCCGCUUAGCGUCUGCUCCGACCUGCCAUAUGUGUCCUAUACAGAUCGGCCGAUCGGCGAUUCGCCCAAGAUACGCAGCAAGCCGGCUCACAUCCUGCAGCAGAGCAGCGCCAGCCGUGCGGCGGCCAGGAAGUCACAUCCGAGUGGACUCACCAGCGCCGUGAAACCGAAGCGACCGCAGUCCACGGCCUCCAGUCAUAAUAUAGUGAUUGUGCGUCCCGGUGCCAGCGAUGCUGGCGAGGAUGUGGACAUGGACUUGGCACGAUUGCGCAAUAUACCGCAGUUUUUGCCCGUGCUCCGUGAGUCCAUCACAUCAGCGACCAAUACACGAGAUGCGGAGAUUCUUGAGCGGCUAAACUCGCAGCAUUUGGUCAACAUAUGUACCCGCAUGCAAACACACCUGAAUCUGUGCGCCAGCUAUGUGGCCAGCGAACAGAAUCACCUCGUGGAACGCACCAAGGUGGUGAGCAACUCAAUCACCACCCUCUUUGCCGGAUUCGUGGACAUGCAGAAAACGUACGCCUCGUACGCCGAGCAAUUCGCCAAGAUUCGGAGCAUAUCGCAUCAGCUGAGCAGAUGCAACUCGCUGCUGCACGAGAACAUAGCCAGUCUGGAGGCGAUCAAUAACUUCCUGGACGACGAGGACCGCCUGGAGCCCUUCGUCUGGCGCACCGACGACAACAAGCUGCGCGGCGAGGCUGAGGGCGCCAUCGGAGGCAACAGCAGUCGCCUGUGGCGGCUGUAGGAUCCCCACACACUUAUUGGUCUCCAAAGAUUUUCCUAGCUCAUAAUAAUCGUGUAUUUAUUGUGUAUAUUACUCGUUAACGAUGCCGCUUAAUCGUGAUUUUUAAUUAGUAAAUCAAACCUAAUAUUAAACUCAA